GCAAGGGGCUGAUGGAUGUCUGGGGCGAGGAGUUCGACAGGCUGUACGAACAGCUGGAGCAAGCCGGCAAGGGCCGCAAGACGAUGAAGGCGCAGCAGCUGUGGUUUCGCAUUCUGGAAGCGCAGAUGGAGACUGGCACGCCCUACAUGCUGUACAAGGAUGCGGCGAACUCGAAGUCGAACCAGCAGAAUCUCGGCACCAUCCACAGCUCCAACCUCUGCACCGAGAUCAUCGAGUACACCUCGGAAGACGAAGUGGCCGUCUGCAACUUGGCCUCCGUGGCUUUGUCGGCCUUUGCAAAGGAGGGCCAAGGCUUCGACUUCCAGGGGCUCUACGAGGUCACCAAGGUCGCUACAAGGAACUUGAAUCUGGUCAUCGACCGCAACCACUACCCCAUCCCGGAAGCGCGAAA